UGACAUAUGCAACAUCAGUGGUAAUGAUAAAGCGAAAUGAAUCCAAACGAAAGCAAGUCCUAAAGAGCUACCAAAUAGAGGGAGGUAUCAAUGAAGAAGACGAGUUUGAAGAGGAUACGUAAUUCACCGGCUUCAAUCCACUCAGAUGAAGAUCGGUUUGAUUUCGGAUUGAUGUGAAGAAGCAAUGAUAAAUUAACACACGAAAUUGUUUUUUAAAUGACAAAAGUAGCUUCACUUAAAUGGCUGUCACUUUUUUCUGACUAAAUCGAAAUGUCAUGAAACUUUAUACAAAGUCUUUUGAAAGUUUGUACUUUAUAAAUGUCAUUUGGAUUCGACAAUGGCACCGCCAUCUGUGUGUUAGUCACACGACUUAUUGAGUGAUGUUAUGUACUCGAUAUAUUUCAACUGUCUACUAAAAGAUGUGGAUUCCGAAUACUUCAUUAUUUUAAUUUUCGGUCAAAUAAAAAAAAACAGAUUAUAAGUGUCCACUCAAUGUUUUUAGUAUUGAGGCAGAUUUAUUGGAUUCGGAAAACGCACCACGAGUUCAUUGAAGACAUAACAAGUAAUCUAUUUAACGUAUCGAGGGCCAUACCUGCCAAGGCUGAUAACAAGUGUAUGGAAAAUUGCAUUAAGCGUUAAUAUUUAUAAAUUAGCCUCAAAUAAGCCUAUUUUGAAUGGGAUAGUGAAUAUUUGUCAAAUAUGGUCGGCUCAAUUCGCAACUUGAACUAAGCAUUUACUUUGUUUUAAAUAAAGGAUAGAUAUAGUGGCCAGACAUCAAAUUUUUAAAAAACAAUUCGAAGAAAAACAGUACAAGUGAAUUAAAACGGAUUGCGUUCAGCUUUGAACAAAAUGGGUUACGAGGUUUUCUAUUUAGUUUUUUGAAUUAUAUCAGAUUUUUUCCAGUUUUUACGAUUUUUUCUAUUAGAUGCGUUCAGAAAUUGUCUAUUUAAUGGUAUAAAAAUGUUGAUAUUGGUAAAAAACGGAGUGACAUGGCUUGCAACUCAAGCCGACGAUAUUUAAAUAAAGUUUUUUUGUUAAUUCAUACAUUAUUAUGUAGUGGAUUGUGAAAAUGUGGAUGGUAUUUCUCCCUUUUGUUUGACCUACUACACCACUGUUUGUUAACAACGCAAUUGUGCUUCUGAAAAGAGGUAUCUGACAAUCGGAUUAACAUAUAUUUUUAUCUUGAGGUAAAAUAAAUAGUUCGUAGUCAAGUUAAUAUUUAAAUAUAUUUCAAUGAAUACGAGGAAUGAAAGUGUCAAAAAUGUUCAACAUUUUCGUCAUUAUUUUGGUGCUAUGUUUCGUAAAUCAAUCCCAAUCCAGUCUAAUUUGGGAUGCCUUUUUGUUGAGUUUAAAAAAUCUCGUGAAAGAAGAAGAUAUAUUGCGAUUAAAUCUAAGUAGAAGUUGUUUUUGGCAAGUAAAAGCUUUAUACCAGCAACCAAACAUAGUUUGGAAGAUGUUUGAUGCAUCUGCUAAAUUUCCUUACUCUGGAAUUCAAGAUACUGGUAGAGUCGAACUGGGAAAUUUCGAACAAUGUUUAGCUAUAGAUUAUAGAAACGAUGAGGUGAAAAUUUUAGGAAAAUACUGCUACGCAGGCUUAGUUAUUCCUGAUUUAACUAAUAUUACAAACACAGAUUUAUUUUAUAAAUUGGCUAUAUGUAUCCCAAAUGGAUGUUCUGCUGAAGAUAUACUUCUAAUUGUUGACCACAUUUUCCCCGGCUUUCCUCCUCUAUUUAUAGACGAAUUUUGUAGUACCAAAGAAAGCGAAUGGGAUACUUCAUUUGGAACUUUAGUUACCAUGUGUAUUUUCCUCAUAAUAAUCUUCCUCUUAGUCGUUAGUACUGUUUACGAUUUUUACUGCCUGAAAUUUGAACAAAAACCAGCACACCCCCUAUUGUUGGCUUUUUCAGUAAUUACCAAUACCAAAAAUAUACUGAAAGUUUCUUUGAAAUCAUCUCCAGAAACCAUACAAAUUUUCAGUGGAAUGAGAAUUAUUAGUGUCACUUGGAUUAUAGCCGCACAUGGGAUGCAAAUUUUUAUGAAACAAGUUAUUCCAGUUAUGAACUGGGAUUGUGGAAAAUCUCUCCUUUAUAAAAGAUAUGCAUCAUACUUGUUGAGUGCUAAUUUAGCAGUAUCAACAUUUUUUUUCAUCAGCGGAUUUUUAGUCAGCUUUCUAUAUUUUAAAAGAAAAGUUGAACAUUGGUUGAUUCAGUUGAAAAAGCUUCCCUUACUAUAUUUACAUCGCUACAUUAGACUUACUGCACCAUUACUGAUGCUUUAUCUGUUUGUUUUAUAUGUAUACAAAUAUCUUGGAAGCGGACCAUUGUGGGAGUCUGGUACUGAAACUCAAAUAGGACAUUGUAGAGAGUACUGGUGGUCCUACUUCUUGUAUUUACAAAAUUACGUAAAUUGCAACGAAAUGUGUUUAGUACAUCUUUGGUAUUUAUCAGCUGAUAUGCAAUUAUUUUUCAUUGCUCCAAUCGUUUUAAUUCCCAUCAGUAUAUUGUUGAAAUCCAAAAAUGGACUGAAGCUAGCAAUGUUUAUAUUGGCUGGUUUGAAUAUUUUUUUUGUAACAGCUUACGUCGGAAUUGCCAUCUUAUUUCCUUCAACAAACGACAGUACACUUUAUACACACAGUAGAGUUCAGGACUAUUUUAUUGGAAUUGCGAUGGGAAUAUUUAUGAGAUUUACGAAAGAUGACUCGUAUUUUAAUAGUAUUAAUACUAAAUUCAUUUCAAAAGGAUUUUUAAACUUGCUUAUAUGGAUUAUCGUGUUAAGUGUGAUGUUUCUUAUAGUUUUAUUUUACGAAGAUGCUGAAAUGUGGUUUAGCUACAAUAACAAAACUAUUUAUAUUGGUUUUGCUAGAUUCACGUGGUGCGUAGGUUUGUGUUGGAUUGUAUAUUCAUGCUACCACGGUUAUGGAGGUAUAGUUAACUGGAUAUUGUGCAGGCCGUUAUUUCAAGUCGGUGCUAAAAUUACAUAUAGCAUGUAUUUGUUACAUAUAUUGGUAUUAGCACAUCAUGGUUUCAGUAACAAAAUGAAAUUUUAUAUGGAUAUUUACGUGGCGUUUUAUUUAUUUUGUGGUUAUUUUAUUAUAUCAGUGAUUUGCGCUUUUCUAUGGUCGUUGGCUUUCGAAUCUCCAAUUCUGACGAUAGAAAAAUAUUUUUUCAAAAACACAAGGCAAACAGGAGUUACGUUCGCCAAUCACGUCAAGCGAACAGAAGAAGCUUAUGCAUAAUUUUUUCAAUAUAAUCAUAAAUUAUUUAUAAAUAUAAAGAGUUUCGUUUGUGAAAAAUAUUUGAUCAUUUCAAGUAAUACAGUGCGAUACAUCAAUUAGCUUCGUAGCAAACAGCUACUUCGGGUAUAGCGCCUAAGUAGGAAACGAUUUGCACCUUAAAGCUUUACUUACCAUGAAUUCUUAUGGCGCAGACACAUAACCAUAAAGUUGUAUAAGGUUAUAUCUCAGUUAUUUUGUCAUUUGAUCAGAAAUAAACGGUGCACCAAUCAGCUGCUAAAUUGUGGAAUUUAUUUUCUUGCGGUUACAAAAUAAUUUAUAUAAAGUUAGAAAAAUAAAUGUAACAAUAAAUACA